AUGAAAGAGAGACGAAUAUAUAAAGGGAAUUUAACAGAGAAAUCUGUUUAUAUAUGCUUUAGAGUUGCUAUGAAGUCAUACACAAGAGCUUUUACUCAGCGAAAUGUUUUGUUGGAAUGUUACAUUGGGGAGGAUCAGAAGAGAGCUGAUGCUGACAUAGAUGAGGCCCCCAAUUCAACUAAAGGACAUCAAACCGAGCAUGAAGUAUUUGGAGUAUUUUUCAUGGAUUCCAACACUGUUUUGUAUUAUUCCUAUUGUAAACUAAAGACCACCAUAGAAAGAGUAACUCUUGUGUAA